AUGUACCUGCUUGCCCAACAUGUUCAAACGAAAGGUAUAGAAGUGGAAAGCACACAGAAAUAUCCAAACCCAUACACAAAACAGCCGCUAAGAGCCAUGCAGCGGUUUUCAGCCAACCAAUGCUCUAAAAUUGUCAAUUCAGCAUUCAAUGUUUUCAUAAACUAUCGCAGGACUGAUAGCAAAAGAACAAUUGCUCCUUUGCUUCAUGACUAUCUUGUGAACCUUGGUGUCAAACCCUUCUUGGACACCGUUGGCAUGAAACCUGGUCAUGGGUUAUUCGAUCAUAUUGAGGAGGCCAUACGUGGGUGUAAGGUUGGGGUUGCUGUCCUCUCACCUGGUUAUUGUGAUUCAUACUUUUGUCUCCAUGAACUUGCUCUUCUUAGUGAGUCCAAGAAAAGGGUUGUCCCUAUCUUUUAUGACAUCAAGCCCUCACAGCUUCUGGUUAAGGACAGUGCACGUUAUCCUCAUAGCGUGCUUCGAAGGUUUAGAUUAGCACUUGAGGAAACUAAGUACACUGUUGGAUUAACCUUCGACUCAUCAAAAGGGGACUGGUCGGAACUGCUAAGGAAGGCUUCAGAUGCAGUCCUUAUGAACUUGAAGGAGGUAGAAGACGAGGAGAAUCGCAUUAGACUACGAUGA